GCGGCAGGGGGCGGGGUUGAGCUGCUGAGGUGACAGCAGCCGGGAGAGGAGGAGCUGUCUGCUGGUCUUUGCCGGGGGCGCGCUGAACAUGGAGCUGUCUGCUGUCGGGGAGCGGGUCUUUGCCGCAGAGUCGAUUAUGAAACGGCGUAUUAGGAAGGGGCGUGUGGAGUAUCUGGUAAAAUGGAAAGGCUGGGCUAUCAAAUACAGCACUUGGGAGCCAGAAGAGAACAUAUUGGAUUCCCGCCUUAUUGUAGCUUUUGAACAGAAGGAGAGAGAACAGGAAAUUUAUGGACCGAAGAAACGAGGCCCUAAACCAAAAACAUUCCUGCUGAAGGCCAGAGCACAGACUGAAGCCCUGCAACUGAGUGAUGUUCAUUUCACCAUGAAGCCUGGGUCCAGUCCCUCUCCAAAGUUGCACUCCAGUGCAGCAGUACAUCGUUUAAAAAAAGAUAUCCGCCGCUGCCAUAGCAUGUCUCGCCGUCCACUCCCUCGCCCAGAUCCCACUGCCCCAGCUGGAACAAGCUCUGGUAUGCGCCCUCCUGUUUCACCUUUUUCUGAAACGGUUCGCAUCAUCAACCGCAAGGCCAAGCCUAGAGAGCCAAAAAGAAACCGCAUCAUCCUUAACCUCAAAGUCAUAGACAAAGGGACAAAGGCUCCUCUGGGUCGCCCCAAAAUCCCCUCCCGAAAUAGGGUGAUUGGUAAAAGUAAAAAGUAUAGUGAAAGUAUGCUUCGCAAUCAGAUACGCCAUCUUAAAUACGGGGCAUUUUCUCUUUAUAACAAUCCAGCUCUUCAUGGUCCUGAAGGGGCUAAAGAUGGUAAAGAGUCUACCCAAGAAGGCUUGGCUGAUGACAGUUCUAGUACUUCUGGGUGCCCCUCUCCAGCACCUUCUGAUGACCGCCCGCCCAAGCUUAUGCCGGAGACCCUCAGUCCUGCUGUUCCAGACUGGCAAGAGUCUGAGGCUUUAGAUCUGUCAAUCCCCCCAGAGUCCUCUGCAAGCAAGCGUGGUCAACGAGAACCUGAAGAGUCUGAUGUUGAUGAGGCUGGGGACUGGCGUCCAGACAUGUCUCCUUGCUCCAACGUAGUGGUGACAGAUGUCACUAGCAAUUUGUUAACCGUCACCAUAAAGGAAUUCUGCAAUGCUCAAGACUUCGAGAAAGUCGCAACCAGCAAAUAAGUGCAGAAAGAGAGACACCUUCAUGUAAGUGCAGGGAAAAUAUGGGCCCUGACAUUUAAAGGUCCACUCACUCAUACCAACUGAAGCUACGCCACCCUUUCACAAGAGGUCUAUAUUUGAUAGGUGCUACUCUUAAAAUGUAAUAUUGGUGCUUACAUAUCUUUGUGUCUGAAAACUUGUUCUAAAUAGUAAAUUUUUCUGUAACAUUUUUAAGUGAGACAGAAAAAACAAAAACACGAUGCACAAUCCCAUCCCAUAAGCUGGCUUUUUACGAUGUAUCUAAAACCACAAACCUUACUGCAUCCCUGUCCUUUCUUGCAAUUUGAGGGGCAACAAAAACACAUUUUACAUCAAAUGUAUCUGUGAAACCUUGGAUUGUGGGAGUAGUAUAAUGGUUGUACAGUAAAGAAUGUGCCAGCCAUCUUUAAUUUCUUUAAUGUUAUGUGAAAUUGUGGCAUCUGAAUGAAAUUGCAGCAAUAUAUAUAUAGAUAUAUAUAUUAUAUAUAAAGCUGAAAAUAUUUAUUUAAAAUAACCAAUGAAUUAGCUGCAAAAAGCCACUGCCGUUUGUACUUCCGUAUCUAUGAUAUUCAAUAUAUUUCUUAAAAUGUAGAGGCUUAAACUAUAAAAAGCUGAAAUCUUGAAUAAUUUAUUUAAAAUAUUAAGCUCAAUAUAAAUGCAUCAUGGUGGGCAUACCAUUAAAUUUAAGGAGGUUCGCAGUACCUUAGCCCAGUUGACCAAGUGCCAUAAUACAUGUUUGAAACAAACCGUAUACAUUUCAUAUCAAUGGCACACCUUCUAUUUUCAUUAUUUGAUUCAAGUCAUGUCCGUGUAUUAGUUCGAAUUUUCAGUCUGUACAUGGGCCAGUGUUUUAAUGAACUCCCAAGUCAAACGUUUGGAUCUGAUGCAAUUUACCUUCUGCAUAGACCAGCGGUAUAGUAUACAGAUCUAUUGUCUGUUUGAACAUUUUCAACCUUACUGACCAAUGUAAAUGGUUCACUGCAGAUUGAGUGAAUGCACUUUUAACUACUUAUACUUCAGUGAUGAAAAAGCUAGUACAAGUCCUGGCAGGAUUCAAACUCCCAUUUUGGUGCUUUAUUCUGGUGCUAAAUAUUAUUUAUCCUUUCUCAGCUAACAGACCGUUAAAUGUUUUCUCCUGCGCAUGCUCCCUUUUUUCCCUAAAAGCAGCAUAUGACUAGGAUAUUCAUGCAAAUUGAACUCACCCAGCUUCCAGAUGUAACACAUGCAAGGUAUCUGUUUCUGAACGAUAAAUUUCUUCCAGAUAUUGAAAA